UAAAUUUGUGGGUGGGUUGGGGUUCAAAAGAACUUCGGACUUUAACAGAGCCUUACUUUCUAAGCUGGCCUGGUCCAUUGCAUGUUCUGAGGAAAAAAUUUGGGUCAAACUCCUUAUUGCUAAAUACAUUGGCCAUAAAAACUUCCUUACUGAGAAUCCUAAACCUCAAUCUUCUUCUAGACUCUGGGGAGAUAUUCUUACUUCCAAAGAUCUCAUUCACAAAGGAGCUUGCUUCUCCAUCACUAUCAACUCUGAUGUUCUUAUUUGGGAUGACCCAUGGAUCCCUUCUAUCCCCUUCUUCAAACCUUGCCCUCCUGGUUCAUUUGUUCCUUAUUCAUCCCCCAUCUUCUGGUUAGAGAUCUCAUUGAUCCUACCUCUUUUUCAUGGAAUAUUAGUCUCCUUGCUGAGCUUUUCCCUGUUGUUGUGGUCAAGGAAAUAAGGAAAAUCCACAUUUCUCCUUUUUUCAAACCAAAGUCACUCUUUUGGUCUUCCUCCAAGUCAGGAACCUUCUCUACCAAGAGUGCUUACCUCACUGAUUGUUCCUCCAGAAUUGAUAAUGCGUUUAAUGCCAACACUUUUCCUUGGAAGUCCCUUUGGACUGCUAAGCUUCAUAACAGGCAUAAACUCUUCCUUUGGAGAAUCAUUCAUAAUAUCCUCCCUACCAGAUCUAAACUUAGCAUCUUCCUGCCCUCUAUUCCCACUCAAUGCCCUCUUUGUGAUUCACUUCCUGAAUCUGUUGAUCAUAUUUUUAUUAACUGUGUCUUUAUUAAACAACUAUUUUUCAUCUCAAACUGGAACUUUUCUCUUGAGUCUUUCAAUAAUUACACUAUUAAGGAUUGGUUAGCUCUUAUUCUUAAAAAGAAUGGUGGAGUUUUCCCUUCUAAUAUUAUUAGAGAAAAGUUUCUUGUUACUGUUGCUGUUUUUUUUUAUGCUAUUUGGACUAAUAGAAAUUUGAUCACUCACGGCUUGCCCCCUGUUUCUCUGCAGGAUUUACUUCCUAUUGUGACCAACAAGGCUACCUCUCACUGGACUAGCCAACUUGCAUGUGCCCUCAAAGCUGGGAAGCAUAUCUCUCAACAGUGGAGUAAACCUCCUGUAGGAUGGUAUAAAAUCAACUCGGAUUGUUCAUUCAUCAAUGGCACUGCUUCAGCUGCCUUCAUCAUCAGAAACUUCAAUGGUUCAAUUGUGUACGCUCAUUCCUCUAUGUACCACUGUCACGACUCUACUAUGGCUGAAUCUUUUGCAAUCAGAGACGCAUGUUCUUUCAUCAAGCGAGCAAAUAUCAAAAACGCAAUUUUUGAAGCUGAUUGCCUCAAUGCAAUCCUCUACAUCAAUGAUGACACUCCUCAAUCUCACUGGCCUUCCUCUCCUCUCAUUGAUGAGAUUAAAAGAUAUUGGUCUCUCUGGCCAAAGUGGAAAUUCAAAUUCUGCCCAAGGAAUUCCAAUUUGUCGGCUCAUAACCUUGCUCGUUGGGCCUUUAAUUUAAAUUGGAAUGGUGUUGUCUCUUCUAGUUUUAUUCCUAUUUCUUGUUUUUGUGACAUUGGCUACCCUCUUGUUGACUCUUUUAUUCAUGAUUAAUAUAUGUUCGUUUUCCUAUCAAAAAAAAAAA